GAAAGUAUAGGUUUUCACCAUUGCUGUGUUCAGGAUUUUUUUUUGGGCGGAGCUAAAACGGUGGCUCGAUGACGCACUGGAGCCACUGAGCUCCUGGCCCCUCCCCAAACAACAUAACUAGAGCACACAUUCGCGUCAGUUCGCCGUUCAAUCGCGAGUUUCUGUGGACUACCAUCGUUUAAAUACCUUGACCGGAGCAUAACUGGUUAACUUCACACAAGAGACCUACUGUUGGACAAUCGUUUUGGCUUUAAAGGUAAAUGCAUUGUUAGUUACAAUGUCUAGUUACUGGGCCAAAAGGAGACGAAUAUUGAAAGGAGUUGAGAGGGACAAACAGGAAAUUGCAGCUGCAAACGAUGCUCUACUUGCUGUUAUUCCUGACUUUGACCAAGUAAAUCCUCCUGUAAAUGAACAUCAACAUGGAGCAGAAUGUUGGCAAGAGGCGAUGAGAUAUUUGGUGCGCUUCCAAACAGGUUCUAGCGUUGAAACGACGGACGAUGACAAGAAGAGAAAGAGAAAGAGAAUCUCAAAUUCCAAGUACAGACCCCAGGCCUCUUCUGAUGAAGAGGAGUCUAGUCUUCCAGAUGCACCAGCAGUGCUGUCGUUUGGACAACCUCUUUUGAGCUUUGAAAACAUUGUUCCUGGUAACAAGGUUUCAGUGCUGCCCGAUGCUCCAGAAGUUGCAUCGAUUCCAGAAAACCAGGAAAAUGUUGUGCCAUCUGUAGACUUCAGAGGUGAACCAGGUUUCUCCCCAGAAAUUCAGACUACACUUCACAGAGCCAAGAGUUUGAGUACAAGACACUUGACUGGUUACUCGCCGCAGCAGUUUCUGGAUGAAAGGUGUCGAGCUCGUCAAGUACUAAGCUUUACACCCCCAGCAGCAAAUUUACCCUGGCAGCAUAUGGGUGAAAACGCUGGAGGAGAAAGUCAUCGCUCUGUAAUUGGCCCUUGGACUCCCCUGGCAUCUCGUGUACAGCAUGAAGUUUUCAGCUAUGAAGAUUUCCAGAGACUCCAGAAUGAAAAACAAGCCGUGAUGGAGGAGAACCAAGCCCUUAGGGAGGAGAACCAAGCUCUGAGGGAGGAGAACCAAGCUCUGAGGGAAAGCACUGCACGAGCAGCUUCGGAUGACAGCGGCUCACUUCAAGAGCAGGUGAAGCAAGUUGGGACAAUGUUGAAGACGUUUGCUCGCACUGGGCAAUCAGGUGCAGAUCAGACCUUAAUGCUGCGACGUCUUGGAGAGUUUGGCGAUGUUGUGCGUAGCAUGGACAACAAAAUGGACACUAUGCUGCAACAUUUCAGUGCCAAUGUGUCUGUUGGAGAGUUAUCCCUGCCAGGGGAUCUGUUACUCCCCCUAGACACCCAGGAAGAUUUGGCGUUGCUUGACAACAGUUUGAGGCAGGAUAAAGAGCUCCAGGAACGAUUUCUUCGGUUUUUGGCAAUCAAAUGUGGGAGGGACCUAAAGACAACCGUCUGGCGGAUGCUUCAAAGUAUCUUCUCUAAUCACCUUUCCAUCAAUACAACCUGGACUGGAGUUGGGGAUAAAGCAUGUUUUAGAGACAUGUUCCUGAAGACCAUUGUUCAAAGAGCCAUCCGGAAGAACCCGGCAACACAGGAUGCCACUGAUGAAGCCAUCCAGGUUAACGUUACGCGUUACCUGAAAGGAGCAUCUGACCGUGAAGGCGGAAAAAGGCGCCGCACAGCUGAGAGGGACCCACAGCCGACCCCUUAAACCUAGGCUGACUACUGACAUCCCAGCAUCACUGACAACUGGAACCCUUUCUUUAUCCUGCAGUCAGUAACAUCAAGACCCCUAAAGAAGCCAGAAGUGUCAGACUGCACUCCCCAAUCCACACUGUUCACUGUGGAUAUUAUCAUAGUGCUUAACUUAUUAUAUUGUUAAAUAUAGCUUGUAAAUCCUUGUGCCACAGGUCAGCAUUGCAGUUAUAUCUGUUCUACUACUUUUUUUACCUCAGUAUUUUUUAUAUAUAUUUGAAGAUGUUUAUCACAGAUACAAGAGACAUCUUGUACCCCAGGUCAGCAAUGCCAUUAUAAUGGUCUAUUCUACUCCAGAGCUUUAUUCUAAAUUAUUACCACUUAUCUUAUUGUUAGAAAUGGCUUGUAAAUGUGAUGUUAUACC